GUGGGAUCAAAACCCUCCACCAAAAACCGCGUUAACCACAACUGAGGUGAGUGCUCAAGAAACCCUUUUGAUCUCUAACAAACAACACCUUGGAUUUUUAUUAAACAAGACAAAACCAUCUUUGGUUUCACUUUGCUUCUUCCUCUUCUUCUCCUAGCCUUCUGCUUCUUCCCUCCUUCCUUCUCAAAGUCAAAGAAGAAGGAAAUAAAAUGGUGUUCAGCACCUUACUGUUGCUAGCGCUUCUAUUUUUUGCUGCCUUCUUUAUAUAUUUCCCCAACCGCAAGCUUCUUGCAUGGUUUCAGUCUUUCUUACCAAUCCAAACGGUUUCUAAAUCGACUGCAACGAAGAAAGAAGCCGUCGUUAGGUCAGUGAUGACAACAAAAAGGGAGCAGGAGGAUCCGGAGCUGAAGCGAGUGUUUGCGACGUUCGACAAGAACAGUGAUGGGUUUAUAACAAAGCAGGAGCUCAAGGAGUCGCUGAAGAACAUCAGGGUGUUCAUGAGUGAUGAGGAAGUUGAUGAAAUGGUGAAGAAAGUGGACGCAAACGGAGACGGGCUGAUCGACUUUUCCGAGUUCUGUUUGCUCUGCCAGGGUCAGUCCAUACUUAGUGGAGAAGAAGAAGCUGGAAAUGAGGUGGAGCAAGAGGAGGAGCUCAAGGAGGCUUUUGAUGUGUUUGACAAGGACAAAGAUGGGUUGAUUUCUGUGGAGGAGUUGGGGGUGGUUUUGUGCUCUUUGGGUUUGAGAGAGGGGAAUAGAGUUGAGGCUUGUAAGGAAAUGGUGAAGAAGGUUGAUAAGGAUGGAGAUGGUAUGGUUAAUUUUGAUGAGUUCAAGAUGAUGAUGAAAGGUGGGAGGCUUCUCACAGCUUUUUGAUCAAGUAAGGCACUUGGUUCAAGUACUCCAUCCAAUUAAUCACACACAUACACCAUUGUUGUAUAGGAAACAAGAAACUGUUAUGUUCUGGUUCAUCAAGAUUCACAAGCUCCCUGCAGAACUAGAUUCACAAUCCUCUCUAACCGACAAUCCACUAGCUAGUUAUUUUUUCCUUUAAAUUUUAUUUUUUUCAUGGCAGGCAAACUAUCAUGAUCUAUGCCUCUAUAGUUUUCAGAAUUGUAUUUUUUCUUUUGCCUCUUGCUGUAUGAUCUCCAAUCUUAUGCAGUACUAUGAUUAUGGGUGUUCUAUUC